AUGGGCAAAGGAUUCUCCAAAGAUGAAGGCUUUUUGCGUCCCGGCGAUUUCAACAUUUCUUUCGGUAUUAUGUCCAUUGCAGUACUUUUUUAUAUGACCGCUACUUUGACUCGGAGUCCUACUUCACUCUUUGAACUUUCAGCCGUCAUUGAUGUUUCAAGAGCGUCAUUUGUUUUUCGGAAAUCUCAUUUAACAAUCUUGAUUAUGACCGUAGCUAGUAUGAUCGUACUAAAAUCGAUGACAGCCAGCUUUGUCACUCUUCUGACACCAUCACCCAUCAUGAUAAGCCAGCGUAUGUCAGGCCAGCAAAUUGAUUUAAGUGCAGCAGAGUUUGGAAAAAUGUUACACGAUGAGAUACGCGGGGAUGAAGAAGAACCCACCCAGUCUAACGUCAGACUCAUGAGGAACCUAUUUGGAUAUAUAACAAUAUCUAGUACAAUCUCUAGUGGUAUGUCAGCGGCUGGGUCUAUCAUCGGACAUCCCGGCGUGUUCGUGUUCAACGGAGCGGCAUAUACGGUCCCUACUGGGGGAAUCUUGGCCGUGGGUCCAAUGAGCGAAGUAAAUCACGAUCCACGUAAUAAAGGACACUUGGUCGGAGAUGACAUUGGAGGUCAAAACAAAAAGCUUUAUCAUGUCGAUGGAAUAGCAAAUGACACUCUCUUUAGCUCUUCAAUAAACUAUACAGCUUAUCAAAUGGGAUUACGUGGAGGGGUCUCAUGUAAAGCUAUAGGUUCAUCUGGUUUAGCAAGCUCUCGUGCUAGAAUUCAACUAAAGCUGGUCAAACAUUGGAACUCACCUUCGCCUCGUAAUGAAAGUUUCUCUGAUUGGGUUUGGAGCGGAGCUUGCCCAAAUGGAACACAAAUUGAUGUGCCCACCACUACCUCCCGGUACAUCCCAGGACUGAGAAACAAGACAGUAGCGAUUAUGGGCCAAGCUGUUGCUCGUGUUUGCUUCGAUCAAGAUUCGACAGGUGCUAAAUCAACUGGAAAUCAUGUUCUCAUUCUGGCUGGAAACGGAUCACAAUACGAGUUCUUGAGGCCAACUGUGUGUGAAAUACGACCAACGAUUGGCACUUAUCAAGUUUUGUACAAUUACCCAAGUGUUACAAUUAACCAAACUAGUUUUAUACCAACCCAUAUGAUGUCAGACGAUACUCGGUUUCUCUCAAAGUACCUUGCCAUGUUGACAAAGGUAAUGGUUUCUAGCUCUCAAACUAUGUGGGGAAAUACCUUUGGCGAUGAUAUCAAUUCAGUGUAUGACAAUGCUGCUGAUUGGCUCGAGGAAGACAAAUUGGACACAAUUCUUGACCAUUACUUCAACGGCGUGAUAGAAUUUGGGACAACUGCUCUCAAGUCCAAGAACAACAUAUUGAUUGCCAAUGUACCUCAAAAGUUCUUUCGAGCCCACUUUUCUACAGUCAAUAAUAAACCAGAUCAACCCGACUUACCAAACGACAUCUUAAAAGCCUUUAAUGGUACUUGUAUAAUCUCAACAAUGGGAUGGGAUGCAAAAAGCCGUAUCUUCGGACCUACCUUUCUUUCAAUGGUUCCUAUCAUUCUGGUUCCAUUUCUUUCGAUCUGUGCUGUCUUAGUUGGAUCUUAUAAAAGGUUUAAAUCAUUACCUCGUCAUUUAAAUGAACCUAUUCAAUUUAAUCCAGAUGAUAUGACACAGCUCAUUCGUGCUGCUUGUGCUGGUAAUCUUUCUGAAAAGUUUUCUCAAAUGUCCGUUAGUCAAGCAGGACAAAGUUGUACAGAGAAAGAUUAUGAUAAAGUUCAUGUUCAGUUAAAUUGUGAUGAUGAUGGUCAGGGUAAAUUGGUAUGGAUGGAACCUCAAAGAGUUUGA